AUGCGCGCCCAGGCCACGUGUCUGGUGCAGGAGGGGGACCAGCCCCUCACCCUCUCCUGGCAAAAGGAUGGCCAGCCACUCGACCCUCGGCUUGACAUCCGCACCUCUCAGAUCGAUCUCUACACGUCCAUGAUGGUGAUUGAGAGUGCCACGGCCGCCCACUCCGGCAACUACACCUGUACCGCCACCAACGCCGCCCGCGCCACCACCUCGACCGCCCGCCUGACCGUUAGCGGUAGGGCUCACAAGACCACACCCGGCGGAGGCAAUGGCACCGCAGAUUCUGUGCCCCCAGCAUGGCUAGUGGAGCCAGCUAGUGCCAGCGUGGCCCUCGGGGGCGUCGUGGCACUCCACUGCCUGGCUAAGGGCUUCCCCACUCCGACGGUCGUGUGGCGCAAAGAGACAGCCUCCGGAGAAUUCGCCGGCGUCGCGACCGGGGAAGGGGGCGUGGCCGGCUUCGAGAACGGCACUCUGCUCGUGAGUCGUGCCGAGCGUCGUCACGAAGGCCGCUACCUGUGCGAGGCCAACAACGACGUGGGCGCUGGCCUCUCCAAGGUCGUCACCCUCAGUGUCAAUGAGCCGCCCUGGUUCGCCGUGAGGAGCCAGCGGCAGCAGGUGGUGGUCGGAGCCACGGCGUCGCUCACCUGCGAGGCCCACGGAGACAUUCCGCUGAAGCUGGUGUGGACGAGGGACGGCGCCCCCCUCCCCGCGCUGCCCAGAUAUGAGUUGUCGGAUCGGGAAGUUGACACAGGUCAGGUCAGUGAAUUGGUUCUCAGGUCAACGCACGUCGGGGACUCCGGCACUUAUGUGUGCACUGCGACCAACACCCACGGCUCUCUCACCGCCGACUUCCAUCUCCUCGUGCAAGAUGUCCCCGGACCGCCUUCGGGAGUGGGCGUGGUCGAGGAGGGCGCCCGUCACCUGACCCUAACGUGGACGCCCCCAGAGGACUCCAACGCCCCUAUCUCCGCCUACAUUGUCACCUUCACCGCCCACGACAGCCAGCAACCCCCAGACGGCAUCUUCAGCGGCCCGCGGGAGGUGACGGUGGAGGGCGACCAGCGACGCGUCAGGAUCGAAGGCCUCCUGCCGUCCACGACCUACGAAUUCAGCGUGGUCGCAGAGAAUCGCGUAGGGCGCAGUCAGACCUCGUCCCCGCUCCGGUUCAAGACGCAGGAGGAGGCGCCGUCGGGACACCCUCAGAAUGUUAGGGUGAGCUGGGAGCCGCCUCCUGAGAACCUGACUCAUGGGACUAUCCUGGGCUACUACCUGGGCUACAAAGAUGACAGUGAGAGCGAAGGAGGGGCUUAUAACUUCACCACCGUGGGCGUAGACGGAGCGGGCGUCACUACAGCUACUUUGGCAGGACUACGCCCACACGCCCGCUACUCCGUGGUGUUACAGGCCUUCAAUUCUCGAGGUGCUGGACCCGCCUCGCCUCCGGCCCUUGGAACCACACUCGAGGACAAGCCUGGAGCAGCGCCGGGUCACGUGACCUGCGAAACGGUGACGUCAACGAGUCUCGUGGUCACGUGGUCUCCUCCUCCCCCAAGGCAGACCAAUGGCAUUAUCACUAGCUAUCGAGUCUCCUAUUCUCAGCUCUCUUCUCACGAGGACGGGCGGAGCGGCAGCGUGGUCUCGGAGGGCCUGAGGGCGACGCUGGCGGGGCUUCGGCCCUGGACCAACUACAGCGUGAGCGUCGCCGCCUCCACCAGGGCCGGGGAGGGGGUGGCCUCCCUGCCGCUCGUCUGCACCACCGACCAGGAGGUUCCCGAGGCUCCCGCCCGCGUGAAGGCCGUCGUAUCCGGCCCUCGAGCUGCGGUGGUGUCGUGGGCGCCGCCCGCAAGUCCCCGCGGCCGCAUCACCAGGUACACUGUGCACUGGGCUUCCGCGGGCAGUCGCAGCGCCCCGCACACCCGCCGCGUCAGCCCGCACUUCACUCACCUCCCUUUACACGACCUCUCGCACACGGCACACGAGGUGUGGGUCACGGCUUCCACGAGGAUAGGCGAAGGACCUCGAAGCAGCGUUGCAAUGGUAACUCCUUCUCACACAGUGGGCGCAGGGAUAUGGGCCGUUGGCGGGAACCUGACGGCGGCGUGGAAGGAGGACGUGAGUUUGCCUUGUGGUGCUGUCGGGGUGCCGGAGCCAGUUCUGACGUGGAGUCACGAGAGAUUAGAAAUUCCCGACACACAUCCCAGGUUCACUGUACAACCCGACGGCACGCUGACACUAACGGACAUACAGCGCAGUGACAGCGGCCGCUACACGUGCACGGCUUCGAACCACCACGGCGAAGACUCCGUUACCUACAACCUCACUGUUCUCGUACCUCCUUCAGCGCCAUCUCUCCACGUGACGGAAACUACGGCCUCGUCCAUAAGAGUUCAGUGGAGUGUAGAGGACACGGGUGGGGCGCCGCUUCAAGGAGCUACGCUACACUACAGGUACCGUUGA